CUCCCAUCUCGACAGCCCACAACAAGAGGAAACCAUCAGACAUGGCGCUCAAGUUCGUCGUUCUGGCAGCCCUGGUGGCCGUGGCCCGCGCUGGCGUCAUCGCCAGCUACGGAGCCGCCCCCAUCGCGCACGCCGCUCCCGCCUACGCAGCCUACGCGACGCACGCCGUCCCCGCCUACGCGGCAUACGCCGCCCCCGCCGUGGCUAAGGUCGCCGCACCCGCCUACGCCUACGCCGCCCCCGCAGUUGCCAAGGUCGCCGCCCCCGCCGUUUACGCCGCCCCCGCCGUCGCUAAGGUGGCGGCCGCCCCCGUGGCUGUCGAGUACGACCCGCACCCACACUACAGCUUCGCGUACGAGGUGAACGACGCGCACACCGGCGACCAGAAGUCGCAGCACGAGGAGCGCGACGGAGACGUCGUGAAGGGCAGCUACUCGCUGGUCGAGCCCGACGGCUCGGUCCGCACAGUCGAGUACACCGCCGACCCGCACAACGGCUUCAACGCCAUCGUUCACCGCCAGGCAGGCGCCCACCCCGCCCCUGUCGUCGCCAAGGUAGCGGCGCCCGUCGUCGCCAAGGUGGCCGCCCCCGCCUACGCGGCCUACGCCGCCCCCGCCGUGGCUAAGGUCGCCGCGCCCGCCUACGCCUACGCCGCUCCCGCCGCGCCCGUCGCCUACGCUGCCCACGCCGCCCCCGUCGCCUACGCGGCGCACGCCGCCCCCGUCGCUUAUGCCGCCCCCGCUGUGGCGAAGGUAGCCGCCGCCCCCCUGGCUCUCUCCUACGGAGGCCUGAAGCACUACUAGAAGGCCGUCUUCACCACGCGCUGUACAUACGACACAGUCA